CAUGAAGUCACAUGACCGGCACACACCGCUGUUGUCAUCAGCAGAUCUGAUCCUUUCGAUCCGAUUCCACACACAACACACCUGUGAUAUCUGAUAGUGUACACGGAUUUAAAGCGGGAGAAGAUCCGGCACCGAUAUGCAAAAGACAGCAGUCAUUUUAAUUUUUGCACUCUCAGCGGGCACAUUUGCUUUAGACAAUGGUCUGAUGAGGACUCCUCCUAUGGGUUGGUUAGCGUGGGAGCGUUUCCGCUGUAAUACCAACUGUAAGGAUGACCCCAAAAACUGCAUCAGUGAGAAGUUAUUCAUGGAUAUGGCUGACAGAUUAUCUGAAGACGGUUGGAGAGAGCUGGGUUAUGACUAUGUCAACAUUGAUGACUGCUGGUCCUUAAUGCAGAGAGAUGAACAGGGAAGACUUCAGGCUGACACUGAGAGGUUCCCAGGAGGCAUUGCUAAGCUGGCACGUUACGUUCAUGAUCGUGGGUUAAAACUGGGCAUCUAUGGAGACAUGGGUACACACACGUGCGGCGGGUACCCGGGUACGACUCUUGAUAAGAUCCAGAUUGAUGCCCAGACGUUUGCUGAGUGGGGUGUCGACAUGCUGAAACUGGAUGGGUGUUAUUCAAACUCCACCUAUCAGGAGCAGGGCUACCCAAUGAUGUCAAAAGCACUUAAUGCUACAGGCCGUCCUAUUGCCUACUCCUGCAGUUGGCCUGCAUACCAAGGAGGUCUUCCACCUAAAGUGAACUACACAUUUUUGGGUGAGAUCUGUAACCUAUGGCGUAACUAUGGUGAUAUCCAGGACUCAUGGGACAGCAUUCUUUCCAUUGUGGAUUGGUUCUUUAAUAACCAGGAUGAACUGCAGCCCGCUGCUGGACCGGGCAAGUGGAAUGACCCAGACAUGUUGAUCAUUGGAGAUUUUGGCCUCAGUAUGGACCAAUCCCGUGCUCAGAUGGCACUGUGGGGAAUCUUGGCCGCUCCUCUCUUCAUGUCCAAUGAUCUGCGUACGAUAAGCAGCGGCGCUCGUUCCAUCCUGCAGAAUAAAGUCGCUAUCAACAUCAAUCAAGACCCUUUAGGCAUCCAAGGCAAACGCCUGCUCAAGGAGAAGAGUAAGAUUGAGGUGUUUUGGAGACCUCUCUCUAAAGGUGCCAGCGCUCUGGUGUUCUUCAGCAGACGUUCAGAUAUGCCCUAUCGCUAUAUGACAUCACUGAAGGCUCUUAACUACACGGCUGGUGUUUAUGAGGUGUAUGAUGUGUUUUUGGAGCGCACUGUGUUUACACUGAAGGAGAGCACAGAGUUUGUCGUCUCCAUCAACCCGUCUGGUGUGGUCAUGUGGUAUGUCUCACCAGCAGGUGAUUGGCAGAAAGAGGCAGACUCUCUUCGGUUUAGUCAAAAGGUGAUUGGACCAAAGUUCCAGCAGCAUGCUAAUGAGGUUCACACUCCUCUCGUGCUCUGACCUGUCCUGAUUGGAUAAUUUUUUGAAUGUAACACCCAUCAGACAUGCAUUAUGAACUCAGGGACAUCAUUUAACCAAUGAAAGUGCCUACAGUCACCAAAUUAGAUGACGUGAAGUAAACACAUCACCGCCUGUUUUAUGAUUGACUUUUAUUCAUUAUUGUUUCUAGUCAUUGAUUUAUUUUUAUUUUUAUAUUGAUUCAUGUUUGACAACAACAGCUGAUGAAUAGAAAUUAAACUUUACUUUACUUUACUGUACUUUAUAAAAUCAUGCUGUUAAAAUCAACUCUCAGUGAUGUGUACUGCUGUGUUUUAGGUGUAAAUAAACCAAUGUGUGCUUUUGUUCACACUAAAUUUCACCUUU